AUGGCGCGGCCGCCGGAGAGGCCGUUCCCUCCUCCACCUGACGAUGAAGUCGCCCCUGGGACAAAGGACGUGCCCUCGGUCACCGCCGCCUCCCGAGAGGACUUUCGGGUGCUCUGCACCUCGAAACGGGCCGUGACGGAAGUGCUAGAGCUGUGCGGCCACUUCGUGGACAAGCUGGGGGAAGCGUUGCCCGCGGAGAUUCGGGACUCGGCGCUGCGAGACGCGCAGUGGACUUUUGAAUCAGCUGUGCAAGAGAAUGUCAGCAUUAAUGGGGAAGCAUGGCAAGAAGCUUCAGACAGUUACUUUAUGGAUUCUGACAUCAAAGCACUUGAAGAUCAGUUUGAUGAAAUCAUAGUAGAUAUUGCCAUGAAGCGGAAGCAGUAUCCCAGAAAGAUCCUUGAAUAUGUCAUCAACACCAUAAAAACAAAACAAGAAAACCUGAAGCGGUACCACCCUGUUGUACACCCAUUGGACCUAAAAUAUGACCCUGAUCCAGCCUCUCGUAUGGAGAUUUUGAAGCACAGAGGGAAAACAAUAGCUAAGGAGCUUGGGGAAGCCAUGAAGUGUUUGCCUGCAUUAAUUGAACAAGCGGAUGGAUUUUCCCAAGUUUUAAAGAUGCAGCCUGUUAUUCAGCUUCAGAGGGUCCAUCAAGAAGUCUUUUCCUGUUGCGACAGGAAGCCAGACGGCACACCCCAGAGGUUUCUAGCACAACUAGAAACCACACCACCAGAGACCGCCGCCUGGAAAACCACUAACGUGGUGCAGAGAAGAAAGAGACCCAAAGACUGUCCUCAAAGAAAAUGGUAUCCACUGCGGAAGAGGAUCAGUCUGGAUACAUAGACUCCUUCCGUUUAUCUUGGGAGCUGAAGACACGUGUUCUCAAAUAGAUUACAGACUAGAUGGGCCUUCACUGAACAACAGACAGCUCGUCAGCGAUUCUGUGUGCCGAGAUAGCUGUAAUGUUUCUUCGUCAUUUCCCCUUCAGAAGAUGCGAGCGUGACUGGUUUUUAAUACUGGCCAGAGCCCAUCUCUUGAGCAAUAAGAAUGCGAACUUUUAUUGUCGCUUAAUGCUGCUCCUAGGGAAUUUUGUGAGCGAGGUAUUCUGUUGUACUUUCCUGGUGUGCAUAUUUCUGUAAAAACACAAACCGUGAGGCGUUCUCGUUAGACCUAGUGUUGAAAAGCUGUCCUCACUUCUGCACAGCAGCGGGUGCAGGUUUUUGGUUUUGUUUUAAGAUGCAAUUUGACUUAGCAAGUUAAUGUGUAAAUAACAAGAAUGGCUUUGACUUUGUUACUCGGCUACUUUAGAUGUGUGAGGUUCAUUUAAGGAGUGUUUGGUUCUAUUUUGUAAGAUUUACGGAAGAAUAUUAUUUGUGCAGAAAUUACUCUUACCAAAAAAACUGACACGUAGUUAAUGUUUACUGUCUACGCUUUUUUUUUCCGAAAACCUUUUAACUUUUAAACAUAAUUUAACUUGGAACUACCGUAUAUACUUGAGUAUAAGCUGGCCUGAAUGUCAGCCGAGGCACCUAAUUUUACCACAAAAACUGCAUUAAAAAUGUGCGGAAAAACGGCUUGUACACGAAUAUAUAUAGUUUUUUUUCUGGAUUUAUCAGUAUUUCUAGGUAGAUAGUUCUAUCCUAAAAUACAGAAUUAGAUUAAUACAUUGACAACUUGUUGCAGAGGUCUUUUUGUGAAUUUAUAUUGAACUAGUUUACAUUUAGAGGUAAUUAUAUCUCAAAUAUGUAAUCAUUGGUAGAAAUCUGAGAAAACCAUCUCACCUACACCUGUAGCAUUUCACUAAGAUUUAUUACUAUUAUUGCAUCUUUCGCUUACAUUGUACAAUGUAGGAAGCACCAUCCAAUUGUCAACUCUCCCUCUUGUAGAUAGUGGUACUAUCAGCCACUUCCAAAGGCAUUUACUAAUCCCGAGGCAGGAAAAUAUGAACUACUUAAGCUCGUUUUGUCUUAAUUACAAAUGCUUAAAUCUGUCAGAUCUGUCUCAUUGAAGAAAACAAACCUCCUUCUCUGUGCUCUUAUGUUAAGUUACGUUGGAGAGCUGUUUAUUAAUAAUUUUUUAAUUAAAAUAUACAAAGGCAUUUUGAUACUCUGAGUUUUUAGUAAUGGUCUUGAGUGUUUUUGACCCAAUUUUAGUUGACCCAAUUUUAGUUUUUGACCCAGUGUCAAUACCUGAAUUUCAAAACACUGAAAAUUUCAAAACUAGAUCUUUUUGUUCCAGAACAGUGCUGGUAACUCUCAUUGCACUAAACUCCCAUAAGGUAUGUUUCGCCUCAAAAAUCCCCAAACUUGCCCUGAUGGGUCUGGUAAAGAAGGGAGGGAGGGAGGAUGUGAUUCAGUUGUUAGUGAGGGUUAACAGGGUUACUUGGGAUUGCCAUUCAGCUCAGGUCUCAGAAGCAGGAGGAGGGAGGCCCUCACUCCAGCCUGAGAGCAGAUCCAGGAGUGGAGAGCAUCCUCUGGACCCUGAGAUAGAUCCCUGCUCAUUGAACCUCCUUGAUCCAGGAGGCAGCUUUGUCACCAGAGGAGCAGCUGUCGCAGAACCGGAGACAGGGCAGAGAUAGAGUGGUGGACUUCCCAGCCCACAGAACAAGUGUGUUAGGGCAAGAGGCUGGCUUGUGGAGUGGGUUGCCUCUGGGCACUUACUUGGAAGAGCUGGGUUUGUUGACCACAUGGGGCUGGAGCUGAGUAACGUCAGGUUGAGGCCUACAGUGGAGUGGCAUGCCCUUUGAGCAUUUAUUGGCAGCCAUAAGAGUUCUGUAACAUUGCCCAAGUUGGGCAGAGACCAGGCCAAGAGGCUGAGAGCCAGAAAGAGGCCUGUCUAGAAGUUUGCAGAGAAAUUGUUUUGACUGAACAACGAUCAUGAGCAUUUCUCCCUUGAAUUGCAACCCUAAUAAACCCCUAAUUAUGAA